UCUAUGGCAUGUUCAACGAGAGACGUCAGAUUGAUUGCGUUCAAUGCACGUCGCAGUCCUUCAAAGUCACCAGCGUUGUAGUUAUAGACAUACCUCCCAGCUUUUGGUUUUGCUUUAAUAUUCUCAGAAAACUCGUAAAGGACUGUUGAGUGAUCCGUUAUUAUUUCAGUUGUCUCUGGGGGAAGUACUUCAGACACAGUGACUGAUUCUGGAACAGUUGUGAUAACAAGAUCUAGAAUUUUGUUGGCACGAGUAGGGAUGGUGUUUACUUGAGUGAAAUAGUGGUCAUCAAGUAUGUCAACAAAGUUCGCUUCGUUCGCACCAGAUGCAUUCAAUGUUGUAUCCCACGAGAUGUUGGGUAGAUUAAAAUCACCGGAUAUCACUACGUUUUUAAACUGAUCGCAAACUUGAUCCAGGAAUGUGUCGAGUGUGCUUGUCCAAGUUCGUUCAGUGUCAGGUGGUCUGUAGCAAGAAGAGAAGAGGAUAUUUUGGUUUGACGCAGUUUUCACUAUUGCUGAAACAAUCUCUAAUUCUUUUAUGUCAUCCAGGUUUGAGACGAAUUCCUUAACCGAGCUAAACGAACUUGAUUUGGUUGCAACCAAGACCCCGCCGCCAUUUCGUCCAACUCUGUCUUUCCUGAAGAUGUUAUAGUCAGAAUUUAAGAUCUCAGAGUUACUUAUGUUUUCGUUGAGCCAUGUCUCAUUUACACAUAUGACAUCCAAAUUUUCUCCGUAAACGAAGUCUUGAAAUCUUUGAAGAUUGCAGAUGAUCGAAUUAGUGGUGACAUCUUUGUGGAUGCUUUUCAAACUUCUGGCGUUUAUUGUGGCACAUUUGAUGGGAAGUUGUUUAGAUGGAGGAGCAGGACCAGGAUUGGUUGCGAUGUCACCAGCAAGAAGAAUACACAAGAGUAGAUGGGCAUUAUUGUUUUGGAUGUUAAACUGAAGACCAUAGCGGUGGUUGGGGGGAAAGGAUGAUUUUCUUCUAAUUUUGUCUCGUGUAGAAAUCCAUAGGUUGCAAAAACGUUCAGGUAUUGAUGUUAAUUCUGGAGAAACGGAGAAAUCAUCAGCCGUUAUUCUCUCGUUGAUGGAAAUGAACACAGGUUUAGAUCUUGUUGACAGCCAGAGAGAUAUCACGAGACACACCAUCCAAAAUGAUGCCGAGAUGGCAAAGGAUUGGCAGGUUUUACGCAUUUUUAUACUUCUUAUUUCCCAAAAUGUUCUAAUUAAAUCACCAAAUGUUCUUAUGAUUGUUCUAAUAGAUGACCGUUAUUGCACGUGUAAUGACGUAUAUGAUCGUUUGCUCACGUAUGUUGUUUGUAAUUUGCCGCACGCGCUGGAAUCAAACGCAGUUCGUAAUAACCACAGAGUAGAUAAUACAUACAGAGACGUAACUGACCGUUGUAAACACUGCGGAAGAUUACGUUAUCAUGUACCCACUUUUUUUCAGGCGAUCAGGCGAAAAAUGAUCAACUGCACGUGCUCAGCAAGUUUAAAGUGAGUCGUCAUCAGGUCGUCAUCCAAUCAGAUGCAUGCAUCUAGUAACUUGCCGAGCAUGCGCACAAAAAAAGUGGGUACACUAGUUACGUCUCUGUAUGUCUCUACUCUGUGUAAUAACGUUCCUUGAAUCACGUAGCCCGUAUGCACACGCCAAAAUCAACCGUCAACUUGCGCGUGCUCAAAAUAUAUUGCAAAAUUCCUUUCAAUUUUACAAAUAAUCCAACAAAAUAAAGCGUAAAUAUUCAAAAUUUUACCAAAUCAACUUCACUUUCCCAGAGGCAAAUACUUUAACCACAAUUAUUGUGUGAUGCCAACCCACAAAGUCGUAGAAAUAAGGUAAAACGAUUGAUGGUUUUGCGGUGCGAUUUGACUCGCCGCUCGCGCGCCACGCGCGUCACGACACUAUGUAUGGUGUUGUAUGUAUGGUUGUUGUAUUGUAUGGUGUUGUAUGGUGUGGUAUUGUAUGGUGUGGUAUUGUAUGGUAUUAUAUGGUAUAUGUUGAUAUAAUGGUAAUGUGUGUGAUGGUAUGGUGUGGCAUUGUUAUGGAAGUAACAUUAGGUAUGGUGUGAUGUGAUAUGGUAAGGUGUGUGUGGUAUGCUAUCACUAACCAUAAUUUUCUAUGUAGAUACUAAAAGUUAAGAAAAAAGAUACUCAGGAAAUAUUUGCUAUGAAGGUAAACCUUUCACUGUUAGUUAAUCAUAAGUAUAAUUACAGCCCGGAAAUAAUGGUUGUUGGUUUUCAGUAAUAUUAAUGGCCUUAUACAUUUAGGUUUCCAACAAGUCGGACAUAGUCAGAGAGGACUGUAUACAACAAUGUAAAGAUGAAAUAAUGAUACAGGUCAUUAUAAAAUGUUUAAUGUGUAAUUAUAUAACAGGCUGAUUGACAAAAAGGCAUUGAUCAAGCAUUAAAAUUAGUUCGCUAAGCUUUUUUUACUAACUAUUUGCUUCUUUCUUUUAAUCAGAAUAAGCUUAGUCAACACCCAUUUGUUACCAAGUUAAAGUGCUCAUGGCAGACGAAACACAAUCUUUAUGUUGGUGAGUGCCUCCUUGUGCUCGUUAGCAUUGCUUGAUAGCGACUCGUUAGCAUGGUUUGUUAGUGAGUCGUUAGUACUCGUUAGUCUUCAACACCCCACAUAUUUCACCUACAGUAUAAUUAUGGAUUUUACGUAGAGCAUAUAUGAUUAUGGUAUACCAUUAAUAAUACCAACAUAAUUGGUAUACCGCCAUUAUAACAUUUUAAUUAAAACCUCACAAUUUUUUAUCUUUAUAUAUAGUUUCAGAAUUUGUAGAUUUUGGUGACCUACACACAUUUUGGCAGCUCAAAAAGAAAUUUGAUGAAAAUACUGUAAGGUUGCUUGGUGCAGAAAUAGCACUUGCUUUAGGUAAUGACUUGUUUUAUCAUUAUCGUAAAUAAGUGGUUUUCACAAAUGGAACAGGUGCUGUUAUAACCCGCAUGCCUGUGAAUUGGGAUUCUCAAAACCGGAAAUCGGACUGGAGCACACGUUUGUUCUUUUCAUUUGGCAAAAGAAGCACAACAACUGAUGGUAAAAGAAGCACAACAACUGAUGGCAAAAUUUGCAGUGCCCAUUUGCAAAAACAACUGCAAACUGCUCUAAUUCUUUCUGUCACUUCAUUUGAUAUCAUCUGUCAGUCUGCCUCAACAGCCUUUGAUCGUGAUAAGACAUUGGGCUUUAACUAAUGUCACAUACACAAAAAUGAAGCUCUAUGGCCAAAGUGACAUACUUUCUGGAAGGGUGUAUUGUGGUCUUGUAAUCGAUGGCAAAUAAGGGUUGGAUCGUUGGGGGGUUAGCACAUCCAAAAAAAGAAUAUUCGUGGAGGUAGAAUUUAAAAAUAUUCAUGCAAGCAUUUAGGGAAAGAAAAACAUUCCUGCAACAACAUGGAAUAUACAGGAAAUUCUUUAGAAAAUUCUUAUGUAACUAAUAAAACAUGUUGCAAUGGAGCCCCCCCCCCCAAUCUAAUAAUACACCCCUAAACAAAAUUGUGAGGUAUGAGGUCAUUUCAAAAGUUGACCAUAAUGGUUACCAAGUUGGCCAAGUGGUUAGCGCAAAAGUUGGCCAAGUGGUUAGCGCACUUGCCUUUCACCUCUGAGGCUGCAGGUUCGAAUCUCACUAAGUACCUUCUCAGUGCGACUCGAACCCAGUCCCCAUGUGAAAAGAGUAAAGUCAACGCUCUGCCGAACGCCGUGGGUUUUCCCCGGGUACUCCGGUUUCCUCCCACAGGGAAAAGUUGACAGGGUGGGUUAGGUAAAAAGGGCCCACAGUAAUUGGCAUAUGCUGUUGUGGUGACCCUGCCCUAGUUGGCGAAGCUAAUAAAAAAAAAAAAAAAAAAAUAAUAAUAAUAAUGGUAGAUACUGGUUCACCAUCUAAAUAUAAAUAUUUUAUUACAGAUUACUUUCAUACAAAUGGUAUAAUAUAUAGGGAUAUAAAGGUAACUAAAUUAAAAAAAUUGCUUCUGGUAAAUAUUACAUUGAUCUGUACAUAAUAUUUAUAGAAACAGUAAGAUGUUGAAAAAAUUACUUCACACUCACUAAAGGCAGAUUUAGACUAAACAAGUUUUGCCUAAAACUGUCGCAUGCAACCUGUUUACAACUUGAGUUAUACUGUGUAAAUCAAGUACGCAACUCGUCUAGGUUGUCAUAGGCGAGUUGUGUGCUUGAAAUUAUACUAUACAACUCAAAUUGCAAGCAGGUUACAUGCAAUUGUUUUAGCCUUUUGGCUUUUGGCUUUUAGCCUUUUGUGUAGUAUAAAUCUGACUUAAUAAAAAGCGCUUGACAUAAACCUUUGUUUUGUUUAGAUGGAAAAUAUUCUAAUUAAUAAGCAAGGUAAAGCGUAGUUAUCAAUCUGCAUUUAUUGUUAAAAUUUAUUCUUGCAAUGAAUGGCAAAACUGACACUUUGACUCCAUGGUUUAGGUCAUAUAGUGAUAACAGACUUUGGUUUAGCGAAAUGGCUCGCCUCGGGUCAAAAAACAUCAACGGUUACAGGAACUUUAAAAUAUAUGGGUAAGGGUGCUUAGGAUGUAGUUUGAAUGGGUAAAUUUCUUAAAUUUCUAAAACAACUUGUUGCGAAUUUGUUGGCCUCAUCAAACUUGUUACAAGACGAUAACAACUUGUUCCAGACUUGUCAACAACUGGGAAAAAGCAGUGCGAACACAUCUUGUUGACAGCUGUGAGAAUUUUAUGCGUGUACACAUGUAAAAACGCACAAUUGUAACAAACCUGCAGCAGAUUUGUUGACAAGUUGUCAACGGCUUGUUGACAACUUGCUACAAAGUUGUUGAGCUCAUCAGACUUGUUACAAGUUGUGGGCGACAAUCUUGUAGCAAAUUGAUAAAAUAACAACAUUGUUACAACUUGUUGACAAGCUUGCUACAAGCCUGUUGCGAACACGUCUUGUUGACAAGUUGUGAUAUUUUUACGUGCGUAUGCGAUUGAACUAGCUAGCUAGAAUAGCGCGACUUAUACUGCCAAUAGUUCUGGGAAUGUUUGACAACGAGCUGGCUAGAAUAGUGUAAUCUAAAUGGCAAAUAAAUCGUGUCUGAUAUUUCCCCAAUUACAUUCAAUUAUAGCUCCAGAGAUGUUAAAAAGUGAGAAAUAUGGUCAUGCCGUUGAUUGGUAUGCUCUUGGAGCUGUUCUUUGCGCUUCAUUAUUAUCGAAGGUGAAUUUUCAUAUUACUUUUCAUAUUAUAUUUUCACUACAAUAUACUUCUGUAUAAUUAUUUCUGUACAAUCCAUUGCAUUGUUUUAUAGUUUCCUUAUCCCGUCCCAGUUGAACAAAAAGAAAAACAGGAACUAUUAAAACAGGUUUCCGAAGAAGCCGGCGAUAUACUACAGAAGGUAAGUGUUAUUUUCCGCCGGCUGAGGAACGAAAGAGGCGGAAAAUGUUGUUCUCACGUACUGCUGGGGGAAGGGUCUAGGGUUGGGUCAAGGUCGUCAGAGUAAUUUUUUUUGCUUGCCUCGUGUUAGCCUCACCUGAUAUCGUCUGCACGUAACAACUUGUUAACAAGUUGACAACAAGCUCGUAGCGAAUCGUUACGAACAGCCUGUGUUAAGUCUUGUUGGAACAACUUGUAACAAAGUCUGUUAGCGCCAUCAAUCUUUAUAACAAGGUGAUAACAACUUGUUUCAGACUUGUCACAACAACUGGGAACAAGCAGUGCGAACAAAUCCUGAUUUGCAUAAACUUUAAGUUCAAUCUCACCAAAUAUUAUUAAUUUAUUUUAAAUUGUUGAAGAAUAUAGAUGCUCUCAUAGUGUCAUUCAAGAAAUUUCACAAGCCACUUACAAUAUUCGCGUCCGUGUUGUAUCGGAUAUACAACACGGCCGCCCAUGUUGUAAAAUUUAUAGUACAUACAGUACACUACAAUACAGUAUACUAGUAUAGUGCACUUCAGUAUGGUUGUUCGGUUGCGGUUUUAUCAUUGAUAAUGUUAUAUUUAAUAUUCCAAUCUUGUAUUUUAGUUACUAGAAAGAGAUCCAAAGCAAAGGUUAUGUUCACUGGAUACGUACAAAAAUCAUCCAUUUAAUAAAUCCAUUUCAUUCGACGAUGUUCAAGCGAAAAAUGUACGUAUAGUACUGUAUGAAUGCUUCAAAAAAACUCAUUAAUAAUUCAUGAGGAAAACACAAAGAGAAAUCAUAAGCGUGGUGUGUCUUUAUAUGUGAUAAAACACGCUUCAAAUUUCAACUUGUAUUUUCUCAGCUAAUACAAAGUUAUUUUGGAAAAUUAUUUCGCCAAUGCCGUGAUCUAAGUGAGACGUUUUUGAAGCUGUUUAAUAAACUCGUAGUUCGUGUUUUAUCACAUAUAAAACACUCCGCUACGCGUCGCGUUAUAUAUCUGAUAAAACACUCCUACUCGUUUAUUAAACAGUACUUAAAAUAAUUGGGGUUUUUUUCGAUUAAAAAUUUUAAAUUAUUUAGGAAAUAAUUAAUAAAUAAUUAAUAUUUGGUAUUUUCAUGUUUUAGUGUCCUCCAUUCUCUGGCCAACUGCUUGAAGAAUUAAGUAAAAGAAAUUUAAAAAACGAGUAGGUUGACUCAAACGUAAUAGCGAGCAGUAUAAAACGCAACUUCAAUUAAUUUCAAACAGCUUUGUCAUAUAUGAACAUGCAAAAUCAAUUCAACAAAAUGUCUGUUUUUGAAUGUCAAGCAAAUUUCAGAAAAUACCCAGGAACAAAAGCAAGAAAAAAUUAAGGACUUUCAAGUAGCUACUUAUUCAAGGCCUUGAAGUUUUUCUUUCAAAUUCAAUAACGACAUUCAAGGACUUUCAACGAACAUAUUAAUUUGCUUUUGAAGUAAAAAAUAUCUAUCACAAAAAAUGUCCAAGGUUUACAAUUAGAAUUUUGUACUUUUCAGAUCUCAAGUUAAACUUCAAUUACGAGAGAAGUCGAGAUUACAGAAACAACAGGUAAUGCAUGAAAAUUUUCUUUUUUGGCAUGGAGAACAGUGAGAUUUUCAAAACAAUGAAAAGACAAUGGAACAUUCUGAUCACUGGAUGGCACGGAGAACAGCGAGAUUUUCAAAACAGUGAAAAGACAAUGGAACAUUCUGAUCACUGGAUCAUGACUGGAUGGCAUGGAGAACAAUGAGAUUUUCAAUACAAUGAAAAGACAAUGGAACAUUCCGAUCACCGGAUCGUCAUCACGUGAUGCAACAAUGAUAAAGUUUACUACAUUUUCGUAAAAUCCUUACACUAAAUUUUGUAUCUUUCAGUAUCGUCCCAACUCCUGGGCCAGUCCAGAGAACUUCCGAAUGCAAUUUGAUCAAGUCAUAAAACUUGGAAAAAGCAAAGAAGUACACGGUCCUGCCCAGAAUACGAAGUUCUAAGUUAUGGACAUAGAUUAUUAAAGACGGACUUCAAAGUGUGCACGAUGUAUCAAAACUUAGCUGUUUCAAUUCAAUUCACAACUGUUGGAUAACCUCGCAUGCCUAUAGUUACUCUUGUUCUAGUUUACAGUAAGAAACUAUAGAAUAAAACAAGAUAUAUAACGAAGCAUCAAAAAAUUAUAUCCACAAGAGUGAGUAACUCACAUGUAAUAGACUUAUGCAUAAUGACGUCGCAAGGCUUGGUGCCCGCGAGGAAUGCUGGUCUUGGUAGUUAUCGCCCGAGAAAAUUAAACAAUUCAAAAUGGCCACUAUCGAAAUUUUCCCGGGCGAUGACUACUAAAGGCGGUUUUCCACUAGGCGAAAUUUUUCGACCGAAUCGAAAUUUCUCUUUGUUUCAGAGCUCUCGAGCAGAACUAAUUGUAAAAAGACAAAGAGAAAUUUCGUUUCGGUCGAAAAAUUCCGCCUCGUGGAAUCAGGCCUUAAGACCAGCAUUCCUCGCGAGCAUCAAGCCUUGUGACGUCAUUAUGGAUAAGGUCUAUUGUAAAGCCCCAGGUCAGACGAGCAUGAGAGUUUGGAGUCAUGCAUUGUCACAGGGGACAUUUCAAGCUCUAGAUGAACAAAAUAAAGGUUUGACUACGUUUUAACUUAUGUAAAAUGAUGUUGAGAAAGCAUUUUAACUGCCAAUGCCGGAUUUUGAGGGGGAGGUGCACAUCUCCCCCGAGGUCGUUUUGCACCUCCCCUGAGAAAUUUUGCAUCUCCCCUGAAAAGUCAUGCCCCUCUCCUUGGGAAAGUUUCAAUGAUAGAUCAAAGUGAAAAUUUGACAUUUUUGGUUGCUUAGGAUCUACACUACGUAAGAAAGUUUUUUCUUUAAAAUUGAAACGAUGAUAGCCAUUCAUCUCUGUAUCAAGUACCCUUUUGAUGCAAUGUUUGACCCUUUUGAUGCAAUGGAAGAAACGUUGUAGUAAUUGUAAUGAAGGGCAAAAUUGGAUGAGUUGUACAGACAUAAUUCAUUAAUACACUGAUACAUAUGUACACUACAUGCAUACGUUUGGCCCAUUCUAAGCCCCAACUUUCCAUGGGGGUCGGUGAGCUAGAACCGUUACAGCACCUCCCUUACUAUUUCAACCAAAAUCCGGCCUUAUUCUCAUCCUCGCUUGAUCCGCGCUUAUAACGUAUAGUUACUUAACAUUCAUUUUAUUCUAUGUUUUUGUAAACUGGAACAAUAGCAGCUAGUCAUGCGAGUUAUCUGAAGUUGUGAGUUGUGUAUAAGGCUUGGCCAAUCGGCAGAAUUUAUGCUGUUUAAACUAAAAUGCUAUGAACUGCAUUACGCUAAGAAAUUCUAUUUGAAUCUUUUUCAUAAAAACCGAAUUAAAUUAAAAAUUUUAACGCGAGCCUAAAUUAAAUAUGUGACGACAAAAGCGUUAAGAUGUAUUUGAACGUUGUAGUUAAUAUAUAAUUUACUGAACAGGCCAAGAUUGUGCAUUCAACAUCAGUCAAAGGUCUUCUAUUUUGUAGCUUUGAAGUUUACCAUCAUAUCUUGACAUUGUGUUAUAACUAAUUCGGAGUGUAAUAAUUAUUAUUAUUGUAUAGAAAAAAUUGGAACUAAUAAUUAUGGUGUAUAAUUAUAAAUGAACGUUUUUAUAUUUCAUGGUGAAAAAAUGUUGUAUUGUUUCGUUUUCAGCAUGGUAGUGACUU